CCGCGCCUCCCGAUGGUGCUCGGCGACGGCGGCGGCCGGCCCCAGGCGCUCUCCCUUCAGGCCCCCCAUGGCUGCGGCGGCGCCCGCGGCCGGGCUUGCCGGGCAGGAGAAGCUGCUGGCGCCGGCCCUGCUCAGCUUCUUCAUCUACAACCCGCGGCUGGGCCCCAAGGAGGGCGAGGAAGAAAAAAAGAUUCUCUUUUAUUACCCAAAUGAAGUAGAAAAGAAUGAAAAAAUUAGAAGUGUUGGAUUAUGUGAAGCCAUAGUACAAUUCACAAGGACCUUUAGUCCUACAAAACCUGCAAAAUCACUCCAUACCCAGAAGAAUAGACAGUUCUUCAAUGAACCUGAAGAAAAUUUCUGGAUGGUUAUGGUUGUACGAAACCCCAUCAUAGAAAAACACAAAGAUGGCAAACCAGUUGUUGAAUAUCAAGAAGAAGAGCUACUGGAUAAAGUUUAUAGUUCAGUGUUACAGCAGUGUUAUAACAUGUACAAGCUUUUUAAUGGUACAUUCCGGAGAGCCAUGGAAGAUGGAGGUGCCCGUGUUCUGAAGGACAGGCUAGAGAAAUUCUUCCAUCGGUACCUGCAAACACUUCAUUUACAGUCAUGUGACCUGCUGGAUGUUUUUUGUGGAAUCAGCUUCUUUCCACUGGAUAAAAUGACUUAUUUGAAAAUUCAGUCGUUUAUCAAUAAGAUGGAAGAAAGUUUGAGCAUAGUGAAAUACACUGCCUUUCUUUACAACGAUCAGCUCAUCUGGAGCGGAUUGGAGCAGGAUGACAUGAGAAUUUUGUACAAAUAUCUCACCACAUCUUUGUUCCCAAGGCAUAUAGAGCCAGAGUUGGCAGGGAGAGAUUCCCCAAUACAUGCAGAGAUACCUGGAAAUCUGCAGCACUAUGGAAGGUUUCUCACUGGACCACUGAAUCUGAAUGACCCAGAGGCAAAAUGCAGGUUGCCCAAAAUAUUUGUAAACACAGCAGGUGCUUAUGAAGAGCUUCAUUUAAUUGUAUAUAAGGCUAUGAGUGCAGCUGUCUGUUUUAUGAUUGAUGCCUGUAUUCAACCUACGCUGGAGUUUUGCCGUAAACUUGACAGCAUUGUCGGGCCUCAGCUCACAGUAUUAGCUUCAGAUAUAUGUGAACAAUACAACAUCAACAAAAGGAUGUCAGGGUUUGGAGGCAAACAGAUCCAAGGCACUGGGAGGGAGCUAGGCCACAGAGGCCUGUCCUGUCCAGUGAGGUUUACAAGGUCAGAGAAGGAGCCCCAGUUUAAAUUUAUCUACUUCAACCACAUGAACCUGGCAGAGAAGAGUACAAUUCACAUGAGGAGAACGCCCAGUAUCUCGCUCACUUCGGUUCACCCUGACUUGAUGAAGAUCCUUGGAGAUAUCAAUAGUGAUUUCACUAGGGUUGAUGAUGAUGAGGAAAUAAUAGUGAAAGCUAUGGGUGACUACUGGAUUGUUGGCAAGAAAUCCGAUCAGCGGGAACUGUAUGUAAUUUUGAACCAAAAGAAUGCGAACCUGAUUGAAGUGAAUGAAGAAGUAAAGAAACUUUGUGCAACACAGUUCAACAAUAUUUUCUUCUUGGAUUGAUCAGCAAAGGGCCGACUCCUGUGAAGGUGGCUUUAAAAUGUGCAAAAAGCAUUUUUGUUUACUCUGACAGGUUAUUAAGUCAUAUUAUUGACUGGAAUAAUGACAAUAGUAAAGCAAUACUUGCUUUGUAAGAAUCAAAAUUUCUAUUAAACUCUACAUUACCUGAUCAUACAAUUUUUAGAUUUUAAAGUAUUUAUGUGCAAAUUAAUUAAAAUUGGUCCAAAUUAAAGAUGUGUCAUUCCAUUUCUCUGAUACUGUUAUGUGAAUAUUUUAUUGGAAGAAUAAAAUUAGUCAUUGUUACAAUUUUAA